AUGAUGCGAGAAAACUCCUGCUAUCCGGAAGGUCUACAGGCCGGCAGCUCAAUGUUGUUUUCCCUCUCUGUCCAGACCACCUCAUCACACUCCUACAGCAUCCUCGACGCGCCGCUUGAAUGCGACGAGGAGCUGAUUCACAUUAUGCCCUACCCUUACAAACCACAGCUUCUCCCUAAGGCGCUCCUGCCCACCGUCCUUCAACAAACGGUGCCACAUGGCGACUGGAUUGAUCUUUUCCCCAGUCCCGAGGGAAGAGAUCGUCUGAUUCAGGCUUCUGGCACCUUUGACGAGGACGAGCUGUGGGCGGACUGCAUCGGUGGUUUGUACGAGGGCUUCCCCGACGACGAGAUCAAACAACGUGGCAUUAUUGCCUGGUCACCACCAUGGGAAAUCACCGGAUGGGAGAUGUCAGAAGGAUUUCUGCAUAAGUGGGGGUGGCUUUUCAGAGGACUGCCGGGGGCGUUGCAGGCGACAAAUCAGUGGCGGACGGAGCGAGGCGAGCCCCCAUUGGUUUAA